CGUGCGCGUGCGCGGGGGCCCAGAGCCGCGCGCGCCGGAGCCCCGCGUCCCCCCUCCCCCCCCCCCUUCCCCCUCCCCCCCCCCCCAACCCCAUCCCCGAACCCCGGCUCCCUUCCCUCCCCGCACCCACCGCCCGGCCCGUCGCCUCGGCUGGAGCGUCCGCCGCCGGAGCCGGAGCCGGGUUCCGCGAGAGCCCGGCCUUGAGCAGGGAGUCGCCGUGAGGCUGCCCCUGGAGCCUGUGCAGGCAGCGGGUGCCCGGGGCGGCGCGGGCCAUGGCGACCCCGGACGUCAGCGUGCACAUGGAGGAGGUGGUGGUGGUGACGACCCCCGACGGGGCGGUGGAUGGAGCUGCUGUGGAGGAGGUGAAGACGGUGCUGGUCACCACCAACCUGUCCCAGCACGGAGGUGACAUGAAUGAAGACACGCUGGAGACCGAGAACGCGGCUGCUGCAGCUGCUGCUGCCUUCACAGCCUCCACACACCUGAAGGAAGCAGUUCUAGAAGUGAAGAUGGCUGAAGAUGAGGACAGUUUGGAGACAGAGAUUGUCUACCCCAUCACCUGUGGGGACAGCAAAGCCAACCUCAUCUGGAGAAAGUUUGUGUGCCCUGGGAUCAAUGUGAAGUGUGUGCAGUUUGAUGACCACCUCAUCAGUCCCAAGGAGUUUGUGCACUUGGCAGGCAAGUCCACGCUGAAGGACUGGAAGCGGGCGAUCCGGAUGAACGGCAUCAUGCUGCGGAAGAUCAUGGACUCAGGGGAGCUGGAUUUCUACCAGCACACAAAGGUCUGUUCCAACACCUGCCGGAGCACCAAAAUCGACCUGACAGGAGCCCGGGUGUCACUGAGCAGCCAGAGCCCAGCUGAGUUCAUCCCCCUGACCCCUGCUUCUGCUGAUGUGAAUGGAGCCCCGGCCACCAUCACCAUAGAAACCUGCGAGGACACCAGCGAUUGGAGCAGCAGCAUCGGAGAUGACACCUUUGCUUUCUGGCAAGGCCUGAAGGACACAGGGCUCCUGGAAGAAGUCAUCUAUGAGUUCCAGCAGGAGCUGGUGGAGACCAUGAAGGGUUUGCAGCAGCGAGCACAGGAUCCCCCGCUGCAGCUCAGUGAUGCUGUUUUGCUCAACAACAUAGUCCAGAACUUUGGGAUGCUGGAUCUGGUCAAGAAAGUCCUGGCCAGCCACAAGUGCCAGAUGGAUCGCUCAAGGGAGCAGUACACCAGGGAUCUGGCAGCUCUGGAGCAGCAGUGUGACGAGCACCGCAAGCGAGCGAAGGAGCUGAAGCACAAGUCUCAGCACCUCAACAACGUGCUGAUGACCCUCACGCCUCUCUCCGUCCCGGCGCCUCUGAAACGGCCUCGGCUGACCAGGGCCACGUCUGGCCCCGCCGCCGUGGCGUCGCAGGGGCUGCCGCAGCCGGCCCAGCUCGCCGUCAGCCCCGGCCUGCCCGUGGCCCAGCUGGCCAGCCUGCCCCUGGGCAAAGCGGUGCCGUCGCUGCUGGGGAAGAGCCCCCCGCCGCAGCCCCCCGCCGCCUCGUCCCCGGCCUCGCCGCUGCUGGGGGGUUACACGGUGCUGGCCUCGGCCGGUUCCCCGUUCCCGGGCGCCGUGGAGAUCCACCCGGACGCUUCCAACCUGACGGUGCUGAGCGCGGCGGCGGCGCAGGACGGCGGCGCCGUGCUGAAGGUGCUGAGUCCCCUGCAGCUGCUGGCGCUGCCGGGGCUGGGCGCCGCCGUCCCCAACGUGACGCACGUGGCUCCCGACGCCGACCGGCCACGAGCCCACGACGAGCAACGCGCCGCCGCCAGCCACGGGACAGCAGUGGCCGAAGAGGUGGAGCAGAAGUGAGGGCAGGGCAGGGGCCGGCCCCCAGGGACGCUGGCUGGGCCAGGCCGGGGGGAGCUGCCUCUGCCAGCAGGGGCGAGCGGGGAGCAGCCUCGGAGCGGCUCCCCUCGGGAUGCAGGAGCUGCAGGUCGGAGGGAAGGAAGGGGAGGGAGGAGAAGGUGUGUGGAGGAGGGAGGAGCGCAAAGGCCCUGCCCUGGAGGGAGGAGAGGAGGUGGCAAAACACAACGAGGAAAAGAAAAACUAAAUCAGGUGGUGUUUGUGAUAAAGCUUUUGUGCUCUGUUCCCUUGGAGUGGCCAGGGCCAAGGGAUGGUCAAUGCCAGGGCAUGGCCAGGGCAUGGCCAGGGCACGGCCAAUGCCAAGGGAUGGCCAAGGCCAGGGCACGGCCAAUGCCAAGGGAUGGCCAUUGCCAGGGGAUGGUCAAUGCCAGGGGAUGGCCAAGGCGAGGGCAUGGCCAAUGCCAAGGGAUGGUAAGGGCCAGGGCAUGGCCAAUGCCAGGGCAUGGUCAGUGCCAGGGGAUGGUCAAUGCCAGGGGAUGGUCAGUGCCAGGGCAUGGUCAGUCCCUUGGAAUGGUUAUUCCCUUCCAGCUCAUCAGCCCUGCAGCUGGAGGAGUGGGCAGCAGCAGGAGCAGGGGCACACGGCAGGGAGGAGGUGGGAGCCAAGGCAAAGGGCUGAGCAGGCACCAGUCCGGCUGCUGAGGGCUCUGGGUGAGCUGGUGGGGGCCUCUGAGAGCGAGCUGGCCUCUGCAAACACGGGCUGGGCCUGGAGGGUGUGUGGUCAGCAGAGGCAGGAGGGGGCCCUGAGCCCUGGCAGCAGCUCUCGUGGCUGCUCACGCUGCGUUGCCCAGAUCUGCCGGGGGAAGGAGCCAGGAGAGGGAACCCCAGGGGGCUGGGAGGAGCUGGGACCUGGCAGCAUUUGGGGUCUCUUUCUAGUUUUCUCAAAAAACAACCAACCAAACAAAUCCAUUCUUGGGAUUUUAUUGGUUUUUUAAGCAAGUGGUGGUGUGUGUUUCUCUCUGGCUGGGGAGAUGGGGCUGGCACAGGCACAGGGCUGCCCAGGCUCUGCAGGCACCAGCGCAGCAGCAGCACUCCCAGGAGCUUGAGCUGGGCUAUGCACUGUGACCCUGGUGCAGGAUGAGGCCCAGCCCGGUGCCCAGCAUCAGUGUGGGCUGUGCAUUCCCUCCCCAGGGGCUCUGAGGGGCUCCUCUGCAGCGGGGGGUGGUCACUCAGACCCUCCCCGUGCUCCUUGGCCACUGAGCUCACUGCAAGGUGCUGUGUCCGUGCUGUUCCCUCCUGGGAGGAGUCGGGGGGCAGCAGCCCUGGGCUCUGUCCAGCUUUGCUCUGGCAGCACCAGUGAGGACAGGUCAUGGCCAGGAGCUAAUCCAUAGGGGGUUGUUUCCAAAGAGCCAGACAGGUUUGUGGUGUCUGUGUCUGGGUGGGACAGGUGAGGGUGCAAAGCGAGGCUGAGGUGGGAUGGGAACGUGCUUGGGAUAAACAGAGAUGCCCAUGUGCGUGUUCUCUGUGCUCAGGGCCAGCUCCAGAGCCUCUCAGGGCACGUUGUGAUGCUCUGACUGUAGCCUGGCUGUUCAGGCAGUGUCAGGUGCUGCCUUUUUGGGGGUUCAUUCACCCCGGGGAAGAUCAGGGGGUGCUUGGGUUGAAUCUGCUAGCUGGGGGGGUGGGGGGGGGGGGUAAAACACUGGGAGGAAUGAGACUUGGGAAACUUGGGAGGGGGGAAAAGCCUGAGGUUUGUUAAGGAAAGAACAGAGUUUCACAUGAGGAGAAGGUGAUUCUUCUGGGGGAGGGAGGAAGAGAAACCUCUGAGCACCAGCACAGAGCCCAGGGUUUCAUCGAGUUCACUGCUGCCUCUGUGAGUGGAGCAGUUGGAUCCCAAAGGUGUUCAUGGAAUAAAAGGUUUGGUUUGA